AUGGACAUAAGCCGUGGAUAUGUCGAUGAGCACGGCCGUGCUCGCCGAGUGGGUGGGAAGGAUUUGACAGCGACGGCUGUUUACCCUGGUACUUUGGCAUUGAAGGUCGCUGAUCUACUGGAUGAACAUUUCAAGACCCUGAAGCCAACACCUGUUGUCAACGAGCUGGAUAUGGAGCUUAUGGACAGCAGUGAUACUUCAAGCUCCGAUUCUGGCCUCGAGGACCUGGCUCAGAAGUUGCCUCGGAACCCAAAUUAUUAUGCACUCGGUGUGUUCGCCAUGCACAUCCGGUAUGAACAGGCGAAUAGCGUGUAUCAGCGUGUAUCGGCUGUUAGCAAAGCCCAAAAAGGAUCUAAGAGUGCUGCCGGCGGGGAUGCAUCGGCUCCUGAGUCGAUUGAUUUGUCCAUCGAAACCCAGCCACGGCAUUACACGUAUGUCGGGAAGAUGGUCGAUUCAAAUGGUGCCGCUGUAAAUCCUGGGAAAGGAAAGCUGGCAAAGGGUGGUGGCAAAACCCAUGGAAAGGAUGGUGCCAAUGUUGCUGGCACAGCCGCUGGGAAGGCUGGUGGCAAAAGUCCCGGAAAGGAUGCUGGCAAAAGCCCUGGAAAGGAUGGUGGCAAAAGCCCAGGAAAGGGUGGUGGCAAAUCCCCAGAAAAGGGUGGUGGCAAAACCCCCGGAAAGGAUGGGGGCAAAACCCCCGGAAAGGAUGGUGGCAAAUCCCCGGGAAAGGAUGGUGCCAACACGGAUGGAAAGGCUGGUGGCAAAAGCCUUGGAAAGGAUGCUGGCAAAUCCCCCGGAAAGGCUGGUGGCAAAUCCCCUGGAAAGGAUGCUGGCAAAUCCCCCGGAAAGGAUGGUGGCAAAUUCUUUGGAAAGGAUGCUGGCAAAACCCCCGGAAAGGAUAGUGGCAAAUCCGCUGGAAAGGAUGGCGGCAAAACCCCCGGAAAGGAUGGUGGCAAAUCCCCUGGAAAGGAUGGCGGCAAAACCCCCGGAAAGGAUGGUGGCAAAUCCCUUGGAAAGGAUGGCGGCAAAACCACGGGAAAGGAUGGUGGCAAAUCCCCUGGAAAGGAUGGCGGCAAAACCCCUGGAAAGGAUGAGGCUCAGACCGGUGGCAUGAAGGGUGCCAAAGGCGGGAAGCAGGGCAAAACCAAGAGUCCGGAGGCCAGUGAGCCAGGAUCUGGCAAAGGUAACAAAGGCAAGGGCAAGACCAAGGCCGUUUCCAAGGAGGCAUCCGCACCGGAGGGCAAAGGCACAGUGAAGAUUGGAUGGGCUCUAUCUGGCCCCGCAGACAUCCCGCUCCAGCAACGCAAGGCCCUGAACGAGAAGCUCCGUAGGCGCAUGAACAAUGGCCAAGGCCUACGCAAGGGCUUGGUGGCUCAAUGGGCUGCAACCCCGCCAGGCUCCAUGGCCCGGUUCGAAUUUCUGAAGGCUUUCCUCUUGGACAAGGACAUGUCUAGCAUCGUAGCCAAAGAGAAAGAAAUCUUCGAAGAGCUGCCAUUGUGCAUGAUCAAAGAAAUUUACGAGAAGGUGGAGGGAGGUAAGAAGUUUCUUGCCGAGCUGAUGCAGAGCGGCUGCCUCAAGAUUCGUAUGCAAGCUUGA